GGUUUGUGUGAAAAUUAAUUGCAAUUCUAAUAAAGUUUUGUUUCAGAUUCUUACUAAGUAGAGAGUGACUGAAAAGUGCAGAGAUGACCUCUCAGAGAGUCCUCCCGCAAAGCAAAGAGACUCUACUGCAGAACUACAACAAGAGACUUAAAGAUGACAUCAGGUCAAUUCUAGACAAUUUUACAGAAAUAAUCAAAACUGCCAAGGUGGAAGAUGAGACUCAGGUUUUCAGGGCGACACAAGCUGAGCAGGACCACUACGAAAUGCAUGUGCGAGCCGCCAACAUUGUACGUGCAGGAGAGUCUCUCAUGAAGCUUGUCUCGGACCUGAAGCAGUUCCUCAUCCUAAAUGACUUCCCCUCUGUCAAUGAGGCCAUCAGUCUCCGCAACCAGCAGCUGCGCACGCUGCAGGAAGAGUGCGACAAGAAGCUCAUCUCCCUGCGUGAUGAGAUUGCCAUCGACCUGUAUGAGCUCGAGGAAGAGUAUUACUCCUCCAGGUACAAAUAGACCAGUGAUCCCAAACGUGUGCAGUUACCUCUGCCUUCCAUUGCUUACAAACGUGAUGCAUAUGUAAAUCAUAAGAACAUAACACAGGGUGAUUAAUGGAGCCAGGCAUUAAUAUGUCUAUAAAGAUAUUUUUAACUUACUUGCACAACCAAUUAUUGGCUCCAACUGUUGACAAUUUUAAAAUAUGCGCUAACCUUGUUGGUUUGCCGUAAUUGUUUUAUUACAUCUUGCUAGUUUGGUCCUCCAGACACAUACACACAUUCAUAUCAUACCAUUGUGCCUUAAUAAGAGUGUUCGUUCUUGCAGGUAAGCCUGUAGCUAAUGAAAGAGUGUAUUCUCCUCUCACACAGCUCAGUCAUGUAGUAAGACUCUGUAGACCCUUGGGUUUUAUUCCACUUGUCAUGUUUAUAACAAGCCAGGCAUCAUCAUAUCUGUUUCUGCUAUGCUUCUAAUAUAGUAAAAUCCAUAUAUCCAUAUUGUUAUAUCCAUCCAUAUUGCAGUCACACCAAAGACAUUAUAAAGCACUUUCUAUAUAACUGGUUUUGUACAAGAAAACCCUUCUGUUAUACAUAUAUAAGUGCAUGUAAAUAUUUCCCCUCCGGGUGCCUUAAUCAAUUGUGUUUUAGAAGAUUUACUUCAUUUUGCAAUCAGGAAUCAGGAUGUGUAUUUACUUUUAUUAAUGGAGCUGGUCAGAUUAAUUUGUUUAUAGAGAUUAGUAUAGUAUAAAUCUGGAUCUUUAUUGCUAUUUAAAGAUUUUAGAUACAUUUAAGCUGUCUUUGAAGCGCAACAUUGUAACCAUUAAUAGUUAUAUGUGAAGAGAACAUUUCUUUGGGUUAUAAUGGAAAUCAUUUCUUAAUUGAAAUAGUUUUUAAUUUUAAUGUCAUUUGAUAUUUGAUUGGACACAAUGUUGGAUGAGCUUCAAAAUUCACAGACGUUAGAAUUUUUAAAAAAGAAUAUAGGGUGCUGUAAGUAUUGUAUAAAUUACUUUUAAAGAAUCAUAUUAAUUUGCUUACUGGAAGAAAAUUGUUAAGAUCAAGAAACAAUUUGUUUUUUUCCCCCUGAGAAUUCAUAAAUGCCAUUUUUUUCUUUUUCUGUUAUAUUAAUUGAAUAUUGUGCAACUGGCAAAAUAUUUUAGCUUUCAGUGGCAUAUGUCAAUUUCAAAAUGUAAUAUUUAUCAUUUUAAAAAGCAUUUGUUUUCAUCAGUGGUUUAAAAUCGCACUAUACUAUGUUUCUUUGUGGUGACGUAUUUAGUAGAAACAGUGUUGGUCACAUAAGUGCCUGUUUAAAAUGUAUCAGAUUAUUUGUCAGUUUUUCCACAAACCAUUUCAAAUUCCAUAAAUAAACCAGAUAGAAACGAGA